AGAGGAAAGAAACAGUGAGGAGGAGGAGGAACUUUUCCUGGGAUUCAGUGCCUCAGACAUCAGUCCUCUCAGAGACGAGUGGACAGACAGGCCGAUAGAAUGCAGAAAGCAAUGAUUCUGGUUUCUCUGCUGGUCCUGGGGUGGUCCUCGACACUUCAGGGGGUCCCUGUCCUCCCAGACCCUCUCUACCCCACGCAGGAGAACUUUGAUCUGGCCCGGUUUUUUGGAACAUGGCAUGAUGUUGCUGUGGCAAGUACGUGUCCCCACAUGAAACGUGAAGAGGGAGAUCCAGCCAUCGGUAAACUGGUUUUGCACACCGGCACCACUGAAGGCAAACUCAAGAUGACUCGCCGUAUGCUGAGACAAGGAACAUGUAAGGAGAUCACUGGGGACUAUGAGUUGACCACCACACCAGGACGAUUCUCCUACCAUAUUGCAAGGUGGGGCGCAGACGUGGACGCCUACGUGGUUCACACAAACUACAAUGAGUAUGCAAUAGUGAUAAUGAGCAAAAAGAAAACAUCGGAGGAUAAGAGCACAACAGUAAAGCUUUACAGUCGAACUAUGUCUGUGAGAGACACUGUGCUGGAUGACUUCAAAACACUGGUCAGACAACAGGGAAUGAGUGAUGACACUGUUAUCAUUAAGCAGGAUAAAGGAGACUGUGUUCUUGGAGAGUUGGUGGCAGAGCCUCCAAAUCAGCCUGAGCCUCAGCGGAUGAAGAGAAACGUGGUGCCUUCUUUGGCGACUGCAGACGUUGAGGGUUCUGGUUAUGAUUCACCUCUAUUUAAUGCAACCGAGUCCUGUAAAGCAGCAUCAGAUACAGGACCAUGUUUUGGGAGAUUGCCGCGUUACCACUACAACUCCUCCUCAAUGAGCUGUGAACUCUUCUUCUACGGAGGGUGUUUGGGCAACCAGAACAACUUUUUAAACGAGAGAGAGUGUCUGCAAAGAUGUCGCACCGAGGCUGUGUGCCGUCUGCCCAUGGUGGCCCAAGCCUGCACAGGCCAGCCACCCAUCUGGGCCUUUGACUCCACCGCCGGUCUGUGCGUGCCCUACAAACAAGGCUUCUGCCAGGGCAACGCCAACAAGUUCUACAGCAAAGCUGAGUGCAACGAGUACUGUGGGGUAAUGAAUGAUGAGGGAGAACUCCUGAAGGCCAACUGAGUGAGAUGAGGAAACAUCGCUGCUCAUCUGAACUCACCACAUAGAGAUGCAACAUGAGGCAGCACCAUAUAAGGCGCCCGUUAGCGAAAUAUGAUUUUGUCUCAGCAUUUACAGAAUAUGUGAAGUUAUAUCACAACAGAUCGGCAAUAAAACAAGUCAUAACUCUG